AUGAGUAAAACGCAUCCACCGGAACUGAAAAAAUAUAUGGACAAGCAGGUUGAUCUGAAAUUGAACGGCAAUCGAAGUGUAUCGGGUAUUCUCCGAGGUUUUGAUCCAUUUAUGAAUAUUGUUGUUGAGGAUGCUGUCGAAAAUUUGAAGAAUGGUGAUAAAAACGAAAUCGGGAUGGUUGUUAUUCGCGGUAACUCAAUAGUUAUCAUGGAACCCAAAGAACGGCUGGAUCAACGAUAG